UUUUGAAUUGUCAAUUGUUAUAUGAAUGUGUUAUAUUGUUUUAUAAUAAAUUUUAUUAUUAUUUAUAGUUAUUAUAGAAAAAUAAAGAAAUCUAAUGAAUCUUUAUCAAAAACAACUUUCACCUGAAAAGAAGGAAAAAAUGUCAAAGAGAUGUGCUUUAGAUAAAUUAGAAAAUACCCCUACAAAAUUAUUAAAAACUGAUACAAAUUUGAUGUCAAAAGUUAGAACAGCUUUAUUUCAAGAUAAAAAUUGUGAAUCAAAACUAAAAAAUGUAACAUUGAGUACUAAAAAUUUUUAUAAUUACUCUGAGACAAAAAUUUAUAAGAUCAGUCCUGAAAUACCAAAAGAAAAACGUCAAGAAUAUCAUAUAAGACGUGUGCCUUAUCAUAGGAAAUAUAUUAAAAGACAUUCCAUAGGAGGUAUCAAUGCUGGUGUAUCACAUAGUAUCAAAAAACCAAAACCAAAAACAAAUUUAAUUAGUACAAAAUAUAAUAAUAACAUAGAGAUGAUUAAUGAUACAUCAAACAAUGUACAAAAAAAUUUAACACAAAAAAUUAAAAUACCAGAAUCGGAAAUAGUAACUAAUACAUCACCAGAAAUUGAUCUUAAUAAACGCUUUUUCAAAAUUAAAAAAUCGUCAAAGAAAAGUUCUUCAGCUAUAGUAACUAUAAGUAAUAAUGUAAAAUUAAAAAUUGAAUCAAAUGGUAAAAUGAUAUUAAAUCAAAAGAAUGAAAAUCAAUCUCAUAAACGGCAAAAACUUGUAGAUAUUUCUUUUGAUGCAACUGAUUUAUCAGUAGAUGAACCAGAAUUAGAAACUACAAUAGAAAAAGAUAAAGUAGCUAAUAUAUUAAAAAUUUUAGAAAAUGAUUGGGCUGAUGAUGAUUAUGAUACUAUGGAAGUAUUAACUAAUGAAAGACUUGAACAUGUUUCACCAUUAAAAUCAGUAUUAAAUAAUGUCACAAUGUCACCAACAAGUGAACUAAGUAAUAUGACAUUAACUACAAGUAUCAAAGAUAUUAGUAUACCAACUGUUCUGAAAAAUAUUUCUUUAGAUAAUAAUGAAAAUACAGAACAAAAGUAUUAUCCAUUAUUUAAUAAGGGAUAUUCUGCUAAUAAAGAAUUUAAUGAAAUUAAUAAAAAAUUAAAUAAUGGAAAAGAAAAUACAAAUUGGCAAUUAUCUAUGAAAUUAAAUGGUUGUGAUAAUCAAUAUCAACUGGAUGUUGGACAAAAAAAUUUUGGAGCAACACAAUGUAUAGAAUGUGGUAUUGUGUAUCAAAUAGGAGAUCCAGAAGAUGAAAAUGCUCAUUUAAACUGUCAUAAUAAUAAAAAAAGUUUAAAAUUUCCGGGUUGGAAAACGGAACGUGUAGUUAUAGAAGAUCCUCUUACAUCAAGUCGAGUAAUCUUAAUAGAACCAGGUGACUCAAAAUUAUGUUGGAAGAAAGUGAAUGAAGUUUUAGUAUAUGUAGACAGAGAUUUAGGAUUAGGUGACACAAAAUUAUCAGAUUAUGAACAAAAAAAAGUUUAUUUAUAUAUAAGAGAUAAAGUCAUCAUAGGAGUGCUAGUCGCAGAACAUAUAACAACUGCAUAUCGCAUGAUACCUGAAUUAUUAGAAUUAGAUUGUUGCACAGCAGAAAGUAGUCCUGCUAAAUGUGGUAUAAAUGUUGUAUGGACGGAUUUAAGUCAUCGUAAACAAGGUAUAGCUACUAAAUUGGUUGAUAUAUUAAGAGCUAAUUUUUAUUUCGGUUAUGUUAUGUCUAUAGAUGAUAUCGCAUUUUCAAUUCCAACUCCAAGUGGAAAAAUAUUUGCUGAAAAAUAUACCAAAACACGAAAUUUCAAAGUAUAUAGUUAAAAUUUGAUAUUAAUAAAAAAAUUCAAAAUUUAUAAUAAUAGUACAAUAACUAAAUUUAUAAUAAUUUGUGUACAAAAAAUAUAUACUGUGCAAAUUAUUAUCAAUAUAUUUUAUAUUUACAGAGAA